AUGGCUCUCUUUAAGGCUCUUGAUGCCUUGGCUGAAAUGCGUCGUAAAAACCUUGAAGUGAAUCUUUUGACAAUCAACUCCGUCCUAACAGUGUGCAAGAAAGCUGCAGGCACAGAUCAAAUGGAAGAAGCUGUAAACGCUGCUUUUGAUAUCUUUGAAGACAUGAAAUCCAUGAAAUUGCCACCUGACCUCGUCACCUUCAAUCUACUCUUGGAAACAUGCUCAAAUGCCAUUGAAUGCGGAUAUGCCGAAUGCUUUGACAAAGCAUCGAGCGUUUUUGAUAAGAUGCAAGAAUAUCAAAUCAAGCCAAACGUAGCCAGCUAUAACAUGUUGUUAUUCUCUUGCUCGAGAGCUGCCCGGGACAGUGGUCCAAUGAUCAUUAGCAAGUGCUUUCACAUUCUGGAUCUGAUGGAGGAGGACGGACUGCUGCCGGACACGUCAGUGUUCAACGCCAUGAUCGAUGCUUGUGCAAAAUCAGCGACAGGAAACGAUGGGGUAAGCGUUGGGCUGCAGAUAUUGGAGAGGAUGUCUGCAAACAGGAUCGAGCCUGAUGUUAUCACAUACAACUCACUCAUCAACGUUUGUGCGAUGUCUGCUGCCGACGGCGACACCAACGCCUUUGCGAAUGCCCAGGAAAUUCUCUACAUGAUGCUGAAGAAUGGAGUCAGGUAG